AUGAGCGAGAAAGGAGGUGAGUCAGCAACUCUGAAAGAGACAGGCAUGAGGGACAAAGGAAGUGAAUCAGCAUGGGUGGAAGAAGUGAAGUACAGAUACACAGAGGGAGCUUGGAGUAGAAAAAGGAUGAGAGAGUCUUUCGGCACUGUUUGCAUUUACAGAAUUCCCAUGUUUCUCAGGGAUUUAAAUACUGCAGCCUAUACACCUCGUGUUGUAUCCUUGGGCCUUUUCAAUCAUCAACCCACUAAGGAGUUGUCUGAGAUGGACCGUCGCAAAGUGGACGCCCUUCUGAAAAUGUGGCAAAGGCUUCCACCACAAAAGCAAACCUCCUUAUUCGAUGUGUUUAAUAAAGAAUCCUCCAUCUCUCGCAUAACAAGCUGCUACGAAGAAGAAACAGAUGCCGCGGAUGAUACUGAUGUUUGGAAUUGCCUUCUGGAUGGCUGCUUUAUUCUUGAAAUUCUCAGAGUUCUGACACGGCCAGAAGAGAAAAAAGAUCAGCCUGGCUUUCCUCCUCCUUCAGAUGCUGAGGAGGAUUCUGAUCCCAUUUACAACAAGAACAGGAUCAGAUCUUGCCAAUUUGAUAGCCUGGGUGAUUUUUUCAUGAUGGAAAAUCAGAUCCCCGUUGUGGUUCUGGUAAAGCUAUUGCAAUUGGAGAUGGAUCCACCUCAGAAUGCUGCGAAAGAAUUGUACAGAAUGCUUCGUGAAAUAACUUUAAUAGUUCACCCUUUCCUAGCCAGGGGGUUUCGCAAGGAAACACCAGAUUGGAUUGAAGAAGAUAAAGAUCUGGAGAAAUACAAUCACAUGCUAGGAUUGUUCCACAGCUUUGUGACAGAAGAAUACCUAACUCGGGGUCAAAAGGAUAAACCCCAACAAGAAGCUAAAAAGGAUUCUUCUGCUAUUUGCAUUUCAAAAAAAAAUUGUAUGGGCAAACCUCAGGAAGGAGAUCAACUGCAAACUCAGGGUGAUAAAAAACAAAAAGAGACCGAGAAAAAACAUGAUGAUGAGCGGUUCCUCAAAGCAUUGAAAUUGCAGAAAGAAAUGUUUGUAUUACAGUGA